UGACUGCCCCAAUUUUUAUCCCUCCGCGGCGCUCUGAUGACCCAAAUAUUUUUUUUUCGGUUGCGCAAAAAGUUUUUUUUAAUUUUUUCUUGUGGGGCAAUUGCCCUUAUUUUUCGUUUAUUAAAAAAUUAAAAUAAAAUGCUUUCAGAAAAAAAACUGGUUGAAAAAUUCUGUGCUUUUCUCAUCUUUCAUUUUAUUUUUAUAUUUUUCUGUGUCAUCCCUUUUUGGUAGUAGAAAAUUUAUUUUUAUAUAAUUUUCAUUUUUAGAGAAAAUUUUUAGUUGGAAGCAACGUCAUCUCCUCUUAGGUAACUCCCUUUCAUCCCUUCCAACGCCUCCCUUUCCCAAACCUUCUCAAUUCAGUCCCAAGGCUGUUUCUGAUCUUCUUCGGCAUUCCCUCCUAUGUCACUUCCUCUCCUAUACUCCCCCUUACGUCCUUUCCCAACACUAUCCUUUUCCAGGUCCUCUCAAUCCUGUCCCAAGGAUGUUACUGGCUGUUCUUCCAACGUCUCCUCUUCCAAGCCCCCUCAAGGUCCCAAGACUUUCUGGCCCUCUUCGGCAUUCUAUCCUAUGUCAUUUCCCAUCCUAUUAUAAGCU